AUGGUCAAAUUAGGAUGUGCUGGAAAUUUGAUUAAAGGAUUCAUUUUGUGCUUCAACAUCUUUUGUGCUGCAAGCGGUGUUGUGCUGAUAAUUCAUGGAUCAAUAUCACUUUUGAAAGUUAAAGAGCUUCGAUCGUAUCUACAAAAUUCACAUUUGGAAGAAGCAACUGUUGUUCCAACAAUUGUCAUUUGCUUUGGAAUUUUUGUAUUUAUAAUUUCAUUUUUCGGAGCAACUGGAGCAUGCCAAGAAUCUCGCAUUUUAAUAGACGCAUAUGCAAUUUCAAUGCUUUCACUUGUUCUGAUGCAAAUUAUCCUUGCUAGUCUUAUAUUCUUAUUCCUUGAUGAUAUUAAUCAAGAAAGUGUACGAAACUUUAGCAAAAUGUGGAGAACAAGGAAUGGAUUUGACAACCAAAUGAUGAUUGAAAUGAUUCAGGAAAAUUUGGAAUGUUGUGGCUUAAAUUCACCUUCUGAUUACAAUUAUCAAAACAUACCAUUAUCAUGUUGUACAAAAGAUAGCCGAGCAUGUACAAUUCAAAACGCAUUUAAAAUUGGAUGCAAAACUCAUUUAAAAGAUUCAAUACAAACUUCGGGACAUACAAUUUCACUUUUGUGCUUAGCAACUGCUGCAUUUGAGAUUGGUGGAAUAGCAUUAGUCGCUAUUGGAGGAAUUGCAUUGAAAAAAAUUGGAGAUGUCGAUGAUGUUUUCGAGAAGUCUGACCAUCCAGGCAUAUAUUCAGCAUUUAUUAUUGCUUUGGGUGCAUUGGUCUUUGUAGUAGCGUUCUUCGGAUGCAUGGGUUCUCUUCGCGAAUCUCAAUGUCUUUUGAAUCUUUAUGCAUUGUGUCUAUUGACAGUUGUUGUUUUACAAGUAUUACUUGCGAUUUUUGUAUUCUUAUACAACAAUGAUAUUCAGCAAGCAGCCUUCAAAGGUUGGGAUCGCUUAUGGGCAGGAAAGGAUACUCCAUUAAAUAACCAAACCAUCAGUCAAAUUCAAAAAGCAAUUGAAUGUUGUGGAAGUAAUGCUCCCCGAGAUUAUGGAACUAAUCUACCGAAAUCAUGUUGUCCAGAAACAGCAGAUAUUUGCACAAUUCAACUCUCAUUUAACGUGGGAUGCAGACAACAAAUCAAAACUGUUAUUGAAAAUUCAUCAUCUUUAAUUGCCUAUAUGUCAAUUGCUAUGGCUGUUUUUGAGGUAAAUUUUUAA